AUGGGACAUAUAGCUACUCUGCAAAACAAUAUUUUCAGCUCCCAUUCUUUGAAUGGUCUGCUUGGUUGUAACAAAAAAGAGAGCUGUAUUUUGGGUGCUAGUUCUGCUUUGGAUCAUAGUUCAAGAAAAAAACCGCCUACCCUACACCGAAUUUAUUUUGGUGAUUACUUUUGUACAACUAAAUAUUCUUUUUCAUGGAAAGGAUUGCAGAGUAGAAGUUUUCAGGGAAGUGUGUUAGUUGAUAGAGAUAUUGAAGUUGACCAUGAAGGUCCCGGCUCAGAAAGUGAUUAUGUUGGUGUAAGGAGAAAUUCCAGGGAACUAAUGGAUUCAAACAAUUCUAGAAACUCUCAAGUUCUGUCACCAGAGGCACCAUUUGUUGAAAACGAUGAAAUGGCCAACAAUAAGAUUCUUCAGAGGCUCUGUAGUCUGGGAAAGUUAACAGUUGCGGCAAGGUUGAUUGAUGUCAUGGCGAGGAAAAGUCAAAUUCCACAUUUCCCUUCUUGCACGAAUUUGAUCCGAGGUCUUAUUAGAAAAGGUUUUGUAGGUGAAGCUUGCAAAAUAAUGAACAAAAUGAUAAUGUCUGGUGGCAUUCCUGACACGAUUACAUACAACAUGGUUAUUGGUGGCCUGUGUAAAAAAGGUCAUUUAAGAUCUGCCCUUGAUCUGGUAGAAGAUAUGAGCUCGAGUGGUUGCUCCCCAGAUGUGGUUACUUAUAAUACAAUAAUUCGCGGCCUAUUUGAUAAGGGGAAUUAUCAUCAAGCAGUUAGUUUCUGGAGAGACCAAUUGAAAAAAGGCUGCCCUCCUUAUCUGAUUACCUAUACGGUGCUUAUCGAGCUGGUUUGCAAAUAUUGUGGGGCUGAUCGAGCCCUAGAAGUACUGGAAGAUUUGGCAAUGGAAGGCUGUUAUCCUGAUAUCAUUACAUAUAACUCUCUUGUAAAUUUGACUUCCAAACAAGGGAAAUAUGAGGAUACUGCUUUGGUUAUAUCAAAUCUUCUAUCCCAUGGAAUGCAGCCCAAUGCUGUGACAUACAAUACGCUUAUCCACUCUCUCAUUAAUCAUCAAUAUUGGAAUGAAGUUGAUGAUGUUGUGAAGAUUAUGAAUGAGACUUCCCGUCCUCUUACACAGAUUACGUACAAUAUUCUUCUAAAUGGAUUUUGUAAAUCUGGCCUUUUGGAUCGUGCCAUAAGCUUCUACAGCACAAUGGUUGCUGGUAACUGUUCGCCAGACAUUAUAACAUACAAUACUCUUAUAAGUGGUUUGUGCAAGGAGGGAUUUAUAGAUGAGGGCAUCCAAUUAAUUAACCUAUUGGAAGGUACUAGCUGUUCUCCUGGGUUAGUCACCUAUAAUAUUUUAAUCGAUUGGUUGGCUAGAUUGAGAUCUAUGGACUCAGCAAAAGAAUUGUAUGAUGAAAUGGUAGAAAAGGGAAUCAUUCCUGAUGAAAUUACACACAGUAGUUUAAUUUGGGGGUUUUGCGGGGCAGAUCGAUUUGAAGAAGCAACAGAGCUGCUAAAGGAGAUGUGUAGGAAAGAACAAAGGAUUAAAGUUACUGUUUAUAGAUGUGUAAUCCUUGGAUUAUGCAGACAAAAGAAGGUUGGUAUUGCAAUUCAAGUUCUAGAUUUGAUGGUGAAAAGUCAAUGCAAUCCAGAUGAGAAGAUAUAUUCUGCUGUAAUCAAAACUGUUGCUGAUGGGGGUAUGCUAAGAGAGGCUAAUGAUUUGCAUCAGACAUUGAUCAAAUGGAAUAUUCUGAAAAAAGAAAUCACGUUGAAUUAG